AUGGCUGAACGUAAAAAAAGGAUACCCCAGGGAGGUACCGGUCGCUCUGCGGCCGGAGAAUCCUCCCCCACCGCACCGGGUUUGCCGGGGGUGGGCCGUCCCAAGUACUCUGGGGGGGACGCGGACAGCCGGAGGAAGGAGUGGGAGGAUGAAGUUAGGAGGUGCGUUGAGGCCGUGAAAGGGAUUGAGGAGUUUGAGAUCCACGUGGCCGGCAUGGACUCCGAGUGCACGGAGUCCGGAUUGUCGGCUGCGUCGGAGGACUGCCUCAAUUCCAUGUCCGUAACAUCUGAGGACUGCCUCAACGUAAGGGUGAGCACUUCGCCCAAACGUGUUCGGCGGAAGAGGCGCGUCGUCGAGAGGCCGCAAGACCUGGACUCCGACGACGACGUCGAGGUUGUAGAGGUGGCGAAACGGGUCCCGAGCCCGAAAGCCGAACUGGGGAAAGGGAAGAGCAAGCGUGCCACCCGAAUGGAGACAGAGGGUUCGGCGUCUGACGCUGGGCCCUCCAGAGCCGUCUCCGCCCCAGUAACAGAGGUCCGUCGCGCUGAUGAACUCGGCGCCACCAUCGAGGAUAGUGCCCGGAAGGUUCUUGCCGCGGUCAAAGUAUCCGGCAACCUGAAGGGCACUAUUAUAAAGGAGAUCAAGGACGCCAUCGCCAACAUCAUGACGGCGUCCGAGAUCCUAAAGGAGAGGUCGGCUGAUGUCGAGGUGACUACCCUCAGCCGAGAGAAUGCACGCCUGAGGAACGACUUGGCACAUGCUAAGCUGAUGUCCAGCGGAGCCAUCGAAGAGGCGAAGGCCGACAAGCGGGAAAUAAAUGCCCUCCGCAAAACGGCACACUCUUCUGCCAUUCUGGCCGAGGAGAUUGCCCAACUCAAGGCAGAAAGGGAGGAGCUGCAGCGGGAGGCCCGGGAGAGCAAAAGGCUUCUUGAGGAGCUGAAGAAGACCAACGCUCAGACUCAGGCCUCUCUGCUGCAGGCGCAGCGCGAUUUGGAGGAGGCGAGGACGGCCAUCGAGCUCCCGCCAGUUACCAUCGGGGGAACGGCGGCGGAAGCGCCGGAAGGUGCCACGCCCCUCACCCUAUCGGAGACAGCCGAAGACCGGAUUAUCCGGCGAGUAGGCGAGAUUAUGGACGGCCGCUUCGCCGAGAUGGAGCAACGGAUCUCGGCGAAGCGCAAGCGGCAACCCAAAGCCGCCAAGAGCUCGCCUGCUGCCGGAUCAUCCGGCCCAGCGGCCAAUAGGGCCCCGCAGAACGGGGAGCCCAUCGGGGGUGGAGACCCACAACCGUCGACUUCAGCCAAUCGGGAGGGCUGGUCGACGGUAGUCCGGCGAGGGAAGCGCAAGGGCGCUGGCGCUAGCCAGACGGCUCCUGCCAAUGCGCGCCCGCCGAAGGGGCCACGCGGCGGCCCAACAGAGGCACCUCCGCAGCGGAAGGCACCCGCGCGGAAGAAGGUAAAAGCACGCCCCCCUCGCUCGUCGGCAGUGGUGUUAACCAUGAGGCCGGGAGCUGAGGAGAGGGGCGUCACCUACAGGUCGGUGCUCACCGAAGCGAAAGCCAAGAUAUCCUUGGCCCAGCUCGGUAUCACCGACCUGAGGUUCAAGGUAGGGAGAACCGGGUCCCGUAUCCUGGAGAUCCCCGGAACGCACACAGGCGAGGCGGCAGACGCGUUGGCCGCCAAAAUCGAGGAGGUCCUGCCCGAGGACACCGUCCGGGUCUCCAGGCCAGUGAAGUCGGCCGAGCUGCGCAUUGGAGAUCUGGACGACUCGGUGAUGGUGGCCGACGUGGUCGUCGCCGUGAUGCGAGAGGGGGGUUGCCUGGAAUCCUCGGUGAAAGCCGGGGAGAUCCGGCGCAACACCCAGGGAACGGGAUCCGUGUGGGUGCGGUGCCCUGUGGCCGCCGCAAGGAAGUUGGCCGAGGCCGGCCGGCUUAGGAUAGGGUGGGUGAUGGCGCGGGUGCAGUCGCUGGACCCGCGUCCUCAGCGGUGCUAUCGCUGCCUCCUUACGGGACACGUGGGAGUGCGAUGCACCGCUACGGAGGACAGCAGCGGAAUUUGUUUCCGCUGCAGUGAGCCCGGCCAUAAGGCCGCGCGCUGCGCCGCGCCAUCGCCGAAGUGUCGGUUUUUUACAUUUUCUUUAUUAGACAAAUAA